AUGUCCACAUCCACCUCGCUCCUGUACAGCCUCUGGUCUCUCUGCCUGGAAGCUGGGACUGUUGCAUAUCUUCUAGGCCCGUAUCUUUUCGUUCCAAGCCUGGCUGACGGGACAAUGGGCGGAAAGACGCAAUUCAACCCCGCGACGGAUAUACCUAGUUUGGAGGGAAAGGUCAUUCUGGUAACAGGAGGUAAUACCGGCCUCGGCAAGCAGACAAUCGCCUACCUCGCUGCCCACUCACCAGCACGCAUAUACCUGGCUGCGCGCACCGCCUCCAAAGCCGAAUCUGCCAUCGCCGAUAUACAGCGCGAAGUCCCCUCUGCAGUGAUCGAACACCUCCCAUUAGACCUAACCUCGUUUUCCUCUAUCGCCGAAGCCGCCUCAACAUUCAAGUCGCGCGAGGAACGGCUCGAUACGCUGAUCAAUAAUGCGGGCAUCAUGAUGACACCGUUCAGUCUCACCAAGGAAGGAUACGAGAUUCAAUUCGGCACGAAUCAUGUGGGACAUGCGCUGUUCACCAAGCUGCUCAUGCCGGUGCUGCUCAAGACGACCGAGCAGCCUGGCGCCGAUGUGCGGAUCAUUAAUGUGUCGAGCUUGGGUAUGAUGGCCGCGCCAAGUGGUGGUAUAGUCUUCAAUCAGUCCGAAUUGGAAAAGCAGUACACUUGGAGACGUUACGGGCAGUCCAAGCUGGCCAACAUCUUGUUCACACGGGAGCUCAGUGCGCGUUAUCCUCAGAUCACUUCUGUAUCUGUCCACCCUGGAGUCAUUAUCACGGAUCUUUACAAUGCCUUCGUGUCCGGUCCUUUCAUGAAGAUUGGGUUUUGGUUCUACAAGCAGCUUGUACCGAUACUGCCAGGUCAUUUCAAAGACACAAAAGGUGGCGCACUGAGCCAGACAUACUUAGCGGCUGUGGACAAGUCAAACCUCCAAAAUGGUGAGUUCUAUCGGCCGGUAGGUAUUGUGACCAAAGGCUCGAAAUAUAGUCAGGACUUGGGACUGGCUCGAAAGUUGUGGGAAUGGACCGAAGAGGAACUCGGAAAAUACGGAUACUGA